AUGACCAACCAGGCGUCGGAGGCCCAGCCACCGGCAUCACCGUUAUCCAAAGCCACUCGGUUUGCCUGCAACGCCCCGGGAUGCCGCAAGAGCUUUACCCGGAAAGAACAUCUGACCCGACAUGCGAAGUCACACAGCUCACAAUUGCAUUAUCAGUGUCAUAUUUGCGGCCGGAGAUAUGCCAGGAGCGAUGUCUUCAAACGUCAUGUGGAAUUUCACCCCAAAAACACCAUCCCAAGCACCAAGAUCGUCGCCUGCAAUGAAUGCCAUGACAAAAAGCUCAAGUGUGACGAUGGAACACCUUGCCGUCAAUGCGACCGACAUGGGCUGGAAUGUGUACGCAAAGGGCGACCAUCUCUCGAGCCGAGGACACCACCAGAACAAUCAUCACCAGCCCAUGCCAUUGACAACACUUCGUCCAAUGGAACGUUCAAUUACGGGAGUAAUAAUGUUGACGAACAAUGGCAUGACAUGCAUCUCGAGACGCCGGGCCUAAAUGAAGCUGUGCAUCAACCAGAGCACUCAUCCUCGGCUCCUCUCACGCCCCCUACAUCACUCUCAAGCGAUGCUUCACAGUUCAACAGCACACCACUCCGGGUACUGCUCCAAAAUAUUGAUGAAGCAACUACUUAUUUUCUCCUAGAGGUCUUCUUCACCGAAGUACAUCAAUAUUGGCCCAUUCUUCAUGUAUCCACCUUCAACAUUGGCACCGUGUCUGAUCUGCUGUUAGGAUCCAUCCUAACCCUUGGCAGCUGGAUUACUGGGAGAGAGGAACACAAGACUUUGAUUCCGGCCGUCUAUGAAGAGGCUCUGACAGCUACCCGGGUGGUAUGGUCUCCCCAUUUUAGUGUCUCCCUUGGGUUGAGCUAA